AUGGGUAUAUUGAGUUACGCCGUCGCCGGCGGAGGAUUUGCAGUAAUCGGCGCGUGGGAGUCACUCGACUCUUCAAACCAUGAUCCGAAUCAAUCUACUGGCACUGAUCCAUCUUCUCCUAUGACGUCUCCGUCUCCGUCUCCCCCUAUGAAGUCUGUUGGAUCGUCUUCCAUCCCCGUAGCUCUGCUUUCGUCUCUGUUUAUCGCCAACUCGAUUUACUCCUUCUUCAGCUCAAUCGGAUCCAACGAUCGGGUCGGAUCAAUGCUCCAGUUACAGAUCCUAGCAGUCGCAGUUCUAUUCCUAGUGUACGCCCUUCUUCUGGUCAACUCCAAAAACUCAGUCUUUGCUUCUCUUCCGUCUUCGAUCACAAGCCUGUUGCUUCUCUUCGGCUUCAUAGAGGAGUUUCUCAUCUUCUACCUCCAGAAGAAAGACACAUCCGGAAUCGAGAAUCGCUACUACGACCUCAUGCUCGUUCCCAUCGCCAUCUGCGUCUUCUCCACUCUCUUCGAGCUUAGAUCCGACUCAACCACCACGCAUCGAUUCGCCAAGCUUGGACGCGGCAUCGGUCUGAUUCUGCAAGGGACGUGGUUUCUUCAAAUGGGGAUAUCGUUUUUCACAGGUUUGAUCACUAAUAACUGUUCGUUUCACGAGAAGAGCAGAGGCAAUUUCACCAUCAAGUGCAAAGGACACGGUGAUUAUCACAGGGCUAAAGCUAUAGCAACGCUUCAGUUUAACUGUCAUUUGGCUCUCAUGGUGGUUUUGGCUACUGCUUUGUUCUCUAUAGUUGCGAAUAAGAAAGGUUUUUUCCCUGAGGAGGAUCACUCCAAGUAUCGACCACUUGGAGCUGAGAUGGGAAAUUUAAGUAACUUCACUCUCGAUUCUGAUGAAGAAGACGAUAGUAACGUAGCUAAGGAAACUGGUGUUAAUGGAAUCAGCUCACACGCUUAA